ACUGUGCAUUUUCUGGAUGUUGAUUAAUCAGCGUCGGCGAUUGAAAAUUGAGAUUUAUAAAUUUGAUCGAGGUGGAGCCCAAAAAUUGUCAACACUGCUUUAAUCUUUUGAUCAUGAGUUCUCAACCUGAAAUCGUCUUGCACUGGUUUGCUCGCUCGCCAUAUGCUCAAAAAAUUGCAUGGGCCCUCAAUUACAAGGGCGUGGACUACAAAGUGGUCAAUAUUUCCAUGACCGAACCGCGCCCGCUGCGUCGUCCACUCGAUGGUGGUUACCGAAAGACACCAAUCUUGCAGAUAGGAGAUCAUGUGUACUGCGAUACAAAGGCCAUUCUCGCUGAGCUCGAACGAAGAUUCCCAUCUCCCAGCUUUUAUCCACCCACACGUACAGGCCGAGGAACAGAAGGCUUGUGCAAGGGAUUAUCCCAGUGGACGGAUACCGGGAUUUUCCAGAGUAUUGUAUCCCAAUUCGAUUUCGCCAGUUUCCCACCUGAUUUCUUGAAAGACCGUGAAGAGUAUUGGGGCCGCAAGGUCGAUGUCGAGAAAGCAACGGAGAUGCGUCCGUAUCGUCUAAUUGAAUUGAAAGCGCAUUUGGAAUGGGCCGAGUUGAUUUUAUCGUCUCCCGGCGACGAUAAUUGGAUCUUGGACACGGAGAAAUUGUCCAUGGCGGAUAUCCAUGUGGCUGUGGGUGUUUGGAUGGUGCAGAACGUUGUCGGAAAGGCCAUGCUAGAGGAAUUCCCGGGUCUUGCUAAACAUUUGCAGCGAGUGUUGACCACGGUCAAAUUUGAUCGUACUGCCACCAUGCCGGUCAUUGAGCCUGAGCAAGCUCUUGAGAUUGUGCGCACACAACGCGAUACCCCUUCCUUGGGUGAGUCGUCGUACGAUCAAUUCAAGUCAGGCCAGAUGGUGUCUGUGACUCCUUUGGAUACGGGCCGGCGACCGGUGACGGGAAAACUUGUCCAUAUGAGCGGUCAAGAGGUCGUUCUUGAACAUACCGAUUCAGAGCACAAUACUACCGUGUAUAUUCAUUUCCCUCUUGUUGGAUUCAUUGUCACUCCCCAAGAUGCAAAGUUAUAGGCAGCGAAUAAAAUCAUCCAUGU